CUAAAAUCCUUGCUUUUUGACCUUGAGAAAGGCUUCUACUUUAGUUCUCUUUCUUGCGUAAGUUUAGUUUCACGUUGAAGUAGAAUGAGUCCCUCUAGGGAACCACUAGCAGAAGCCAUAGAUGACAAUCCAGACUUGAAGACCAAAAAAGAAAGGGAACAAAAAGAAGCGAAUCUGAAUCAAAAGCCACAAGAAAUUGACGAAAUUGAACUCAAAGAGACUAAGAAAGAUAAGAAAAAGCGAAAGAAAGACAAGGAACGGAACGAAGCCACUGAAAGUGAAACCCAUGAAGAUGAGCACAAAGCAAGUGGCGAAAUUGGGGAAAGAACUGAAGAGCAUAAGAAAAAGAAAAAGCAGAAGGAAAAUGAGAAAAACAAAGAACCGAGUGAAACCCACAAAAUGAAGCAAGAAUUAGCUCAGACUGGAGAUGAAAUGGGGUUGAAGGGGACUCGAAACCCUGAGUAUCUCUCCACGACAUUGCCAACGCCCAAAUUUCUCGAAUAUGCAUAGUGAUUUUGGUGAUUUUGCUUGAUUGUUGAUGGUGUUAAUGGAUUUGUUCUAGGGUUUCUCAGAAAAGGGCAAAUGAGUUCGAAGAGAAGAAAGAAACUAGGGGUUUUUGAGGCUGGCACAGUGCCCGUGAUGACUUUAAAGGAGAUCUGAUGUGGCUCUGCGGGGUCCACCAACGCCCAGCUGUAAGAAAAAUAAUAAAAAAGGGGUUCAAUG